AUGACACCCGGCAAACUAUUGAUCGAUGAAGAUCACGUGCUCUGGUUCGUACAUGGAACAAAUUGUCCGUUUGGUGGUGAAUGUAAGCUUUUGAUCGAGGACCCAAUCCAUUCGAAUGAAUUUGAACAUCCACAGGUUUGUCACGAAGAUGGUCAGCGCAGCAAUUUGAGUUCUGAACAUUUGAAAGCUUUCCGACACGUACCCCUAUGUAGAUACGGUGUGGAAUGUGUCGAUUUUAAUAGAGGAACAGCGAGUAGUCAUUGUAAAGAAUUCCGUCACUGUAAACCGAUGUGUCGUCAAGGUCAUUUUUGUGUUCGUUUUCAUGAUCAAAAACACAUGACUGAAGAAAGUCAUCCAUUUCAACCGCCUUGUCCGUUCACUCCAUUUUAUUGUCGACAUCAUACUUUAUUAUCAGAAGUCAAAAAUGUUCAGUCCCUUCCUUCCGAAACCCAAAAUCACUACCUUCAUUUUUCACACAUAUGCCGAUACGGUCGUAACUGUCAUGAAGCAUCGGAACUACAUUGGAAAAAAACAAUUCACAUCACACGAAAUCUUUGUCCUUAUGGGAAUCAAUGCUCGAAAACCACUCAAGAAGAUCAUUUGAACUCAUUUUCUCAUCCAAACAUUGCGGAUAUUCGUCGUUUAUGCGUUAAUCCAGCAUACGAGUGUCCAAAUCGGCGAACGCAUGACCACAUAAUACGAUAUCGACACAAUGGUAACUUUGAUCGUAGUGGCGUUAUUCGCUAUUUUGGAUUGAAUAUUGAGACAAAUUUUGUUAAAAAUCAAGCAUUAAUUAUUGCAGCGAUCAACGAUUAUAAUAAAAAGCCACUAACAAAAAUCCCGCCAGAAAUCCUCAAAUGA